CGAGCUGGCCCAAGAUGGCGACGCAAGCGAGCGGCUGGUGGCGGUGCCGAAGGCCGGGGAAGCUGUGCUACGUCCUGUGAGGACCCCUGGAGCCGUGGCCUGAAGGCCAGGAGGGAGCCUGGGCGAGGGCUAACCUGUAACCGUCUCGAUCCGAGCUGCAGAGACUAAAGGUCCGACUGACCAUCGUUUCCUCCUCCGCCUCCGGCCUUUAAGAGAGCUAGCCAGAGCUCUGCUCGGGGAGAGGGGGGCCAAGAAGAGGCCACCCUACCAACUGUCCCCCAGCCUUGCCCUCUCUCCCCCCUCCCCGGGCAUGGUCCCCUCCCCGUGCCCGCCCGGUGCUUGCCCCUCCCUGAUUGAGGACGCCGGGGGAGCCCUCUGAGUCCUCCGGGACCGUUGUAGGGAGGGAGGCGCAGAGCUGGGGAGGGGAGGAAGAUGUUUUCUGUUCUCAAAAAGCUGGUGGGGUCGGACCAGGCUCCGGGCCGGGACAAGAACAUCCCCGCGGGCCUACAGUCCAUGAACCAAGCGCUGCAGAGGAGGUUCGCCAAAGGAGUGCAAUACAACAUGAAAAUAGUGAUCCGAGGAGACAGAAACACAGGAAAAACCACCCUCUGGCAUAGACUACAAGGGAAGAAGUUUGUUGAAGAAUAUAUACCUACACAAGAGAUACAAGUCACCAGUAUCCACUGGAAUUAUAAAACCACAGAUGACAUUGUAAAGGUUGAAGUCUGGGAUGUAGUUGACAAGGGAAAGUGCAAAAAACGAGGAGAUGGUUUGAAACUGGAAAAUGAUCCCCAGGAGGCAGAAUCAGAGAUGGCUCUGGAUGCUGAGUUCCUGGAUGUAUAUAAGAACUGUAAUGGUGUAGUCAUGAUGUUUGAUAUCACAAAGCAAUGGACCUUCAACUACAUACUUCGGGAACUUCCCAAAGUGCCGACCCAUGUUCCCGUGUGUGUGCUGGGGAACUACAGAGACAUGGGGGAACACCGAGUCAUCCUGCCAGAUGAUGUGCGGGAGUUUAUUGAUAACCUCAACAGACCCCCAGGUUCUUCUUACUUUCGAUAUGCUGAAUCUUCCAUGAAGAAUAGCUUUGGCCUAAAGUAUCUGCAUAAAUUCUUCAAUAUUCCAUUCUUACAACUGCAGAGAGAGACAUUGCUCCGUCAGCUAGAGACUAAUCAGCUAGACAUCGAUGCCACAUUGGAAGAGCUGUCAGUGCAGCAAGAGACUGAAGACCAAAACUACGAAAUUUUUCUGGAGAUGAUGGAAGCAAGAAAUCGAGGACAUGCAUCUCCACUAACAGCCAAUGGACAGAGUCCGUCUUCUGGUUCCCAAUCACCCAUCGUGCCUCCCAGCACAACUUCAACAGGGAGUUCCAGCCCCAGCACACCUCAGCCAGCUCCUCAACAGCUUCUUGCUAAUUCUGCUACCUGCCCCUCUCUUCCACCUUCCGUGUCACCUGUACCCCCAUCAGAGGCACAAACCCAGGCAACUUCUCCAGCUAUUGUUGCCACCUCCCCAGGCCCACCAACCCCAGCCCCACCCCAACCUCAGGCCCAGCGUCGAAGCAUCAUUUCAAGGCUGUUUGGAACCUCACCAGCUUCUGAGGCUAUCCCUUCACCUCCUGAGCCCGCCCACUCUGUAGAGGCACCAGCAAAAGUCCAGAGUGUUGAAGAUUUUAUUCCUGAAGACAGCCUGGAUAGGAGCUUCCUGGAAGAUACAAAUCUGAAGGAUGAGAAGAAAAUCAGAACAAAAGUUGAGCAUGAAAGUGAUAGCGAUGGGGACACCACUGGGGGAAACCCCAUGGUAGCUGGUUUCCAGGAUGACCUGGACCUUGAAGACAAGCCAUCCUGCAAAUCUUCCUUGCCAGCAGACCCCAUCCCAAGUAGAAACAUCGCGCUCUCUAGUGAGGAUGAAGCUGAUGAGGUGUCAGCUUGCCCUCAAGUCACCAAUCUUAGCACCCAAAAGAAUUUGGAACCUGAGACAAAAUGGUCUUCCAGAAAUACCUUGAAACCACAGAGUGAAGCAGUUUCCACCAAAGCCACCGACUCCAAACUUCAAGUUAGUUUACCCAUUCGUUCAGGAUCUGAGAAGUGUAGUGGUACUAACCCUACUUCUGAAACUCUGCUUGGCAAUGAAGCUCCAUCCCAGGUACCCAAAACGGUUUCUCAGAAUAAAGAUUCCACUUCUAAAUUCAGAGAGGUGAAAGAUGAAAAACGAGAGUCCUCAGAGAGUGAUCCAGAAGGACCCAUUGCUGCUCAGAUGCUGUCCUUUGUCAUGGAUGAUCCUGAUUUUGAGAGUGAAGAGUCUGACACUCAGAAGAAAGCGGAGGAGUUUCCAGUAAGAGAAGACCUCUCAGAUGUUACAGAUGAAGAUAUGCCACCUGCAAAGCUCCCUCAGCCCAUUAAGCCUACAGUUCACUCCUUUAAAAUGAAAAAUGAUUCAGAUCUCUUUGGUUUGGGCCUGGAAGAGCCUGGCCCUAAAGAAAGCAGUGAUGAAGAUAAGGAAGGCAAACUCACAUCUAAGGAGAAGAAGAAAAAGAAGAAGAAAAGCAAAGAGGAGGAGGAGAAGACUGCAAAAAAAAAAAGCAAGCACAAAAAAGCAAAGGACAAGGAAGAAGGAAAGGAUGAGAAGAAGAGAAAGAAAAAGAGGAGCAAGGAGAAGACUGAGAUUGAUGAACUCGAAGCCUUCCUUGGGGGUGGGGCCAUAGCCCCCAAACAGCAUGGGGGUGGAGACUAUGAGGAGCUCUAGGGUGCAUGGGAACCCAUAGACCUAUCAUUCAUCUCUGCUUCUGAGCCUUGGCAGGAUGAGGGGCUGCCAGGUAGGACCUGGGCUGGUCUGCCAGAUGCCCCUCAGAGACCAUAAAGGUAGGGAGAUGGGGAGUUCAGUGUGUGUCCUGAUAGACAUUCCAGUGUUAAGGACCAGUAACCGUUGUUGGGUAGGAACUGUCAGAUAAAAGGCUUGGGUGAGGGACUGGGAGAACAAAGCCUGGUUCUAACCCACCCAUUUCUCAAAUAAGCCCAGUGCAAAAGGGAAAGAGGGGCACAGCUCCCCAUCAUACCUUCCCACUUCUCCCAUUCAUUGCUAUUUCCAAGACACUCCAAUUUUUAACUGCUAAUGAAAUACUAGCAGUAUCAGCCUAACCAAUUUGUUCUCUUAACCUUGGGGAGGAAUUGAGAUUUCAGCUCUAUUUUUCAUAACUUUUUUUUUUCUUAAAGAUACUUUGGCCUUUACUAUGCCCCAUAGUAAUCGUUAUGAGAAAAGUUAAUAAGACAGCUAAGGAAAUUUUGUUGAGCUGCCUGCCUUUCUGGGGCACAAGUUUACUGAGUGUUCCAGCUUUUAUCUUUUUCCCCAUCCCCCAUAGCUCCAGAAAUCCUUGGCUUUAGGAGCUGAUAACGGCUUUACAGUUUGAGGCAGGGGCACAGAAGAGAUAAGGAUCCAGGUAGGAAAGGGGAAUGGUUGUGGAAUGCAAGUGUCUUUUGUAUUAGUAUGAACCUUGGCCAGGUUCAUGGCCCAGACUCCUUUGCCCUAUUGCCCCAGUAACCCUACAGUACUUCUCAGGGACAUGACAAAAAGCCUUUUUAGGCACUUGCAGGAAUCCCAGCCUGUUUACAUAGGAGGAGGGUGAGGGGUUUUAGAGCAGAGGAGCUGUGGAAACAGGGAACCACUUUUAUUUUCUCAAACUUCCAGAAGCAUUUCAGAUCUAGUUCUUGUCUCCUGGUUGUUAUUGUGUUUUGACAUUACAUUAUUUCAGGCCCCUGUCUCUAUCUUCUACCCUUGGUGGUCUCUUAGCUCACUCCAUGUUCCUUCAUCCUAGAGCAAAAGGGAAAAACCAUGACAUCCCUUUUAUGUUCAGGAACCAGCCCAUUCCAAAGCAUUGGUGAUAAGGGUAAAUAGUCCCCACCCUUCCACGAUGCUCUAGAACCUCAGUCCAAGGUUCAUUAUUUCUCCCAGUGCCCCAUUCUCACCCUUUCUAUUCCAAGGACCAGGAGGAUCUGUUCUCCUUGCCCAGAGGAAAUUAUGAAUCACAACUAUUUUCCAGUGCUGCUCAAUUUCUUCCAGACUCCAUUAUCUUCAGAGUGGCUGAUUUGUGUGUGAUGGACAAGGGAGUGGGGUUUUGAAUGGCAAUACUUCUUGGAAGGCGGUUUCUUUUUCCAAAUCUGUCCACUUCCAGUCUCAAUUGUGGCCAUGAGGAGGGAAUUAUCAUUUGGGCUCAGAGAGGAAAUACCACAAGGAAGCAGGGGUAUGAAAACUUGUGUUUUUUUUAAAGUUUGUUCCCAUCAUGUUCUAUUGGAUGCUCCACUCUGACCAUAAAGCGCUCUUUUACUGC